GCCCUCCCGCACCGUCCGACGCCCGAGCUGCCCGCGGGCUGGGUCCCCGCGGCCCGAGCCUCCCCGGCCGGGCCCCCAAACGCGGCCGAGAUGACUUCCAAGGAGGACGGCAAGGCGGCGCCGGGGGAGGAGCGGCGGCGCAGCCCGCUGGACCACCUGCCGCCUCCCGCCAACUCCAACAAGCCGCUGACGCCAUUCAGCAUUGAGGACAUCCUCAACAAGCCGUCUGUGCGGAGAAGUUACUCGCUGUGCGGGGCGGCGCACCUGCUGGCCGCCGCCGACAAGCACGCGCCGGGCGGCUUGCCCCUGGCGGGCCGUGCGCUACUCUCGCAGACUUCACCGCUUUGCGCGCUGGAGGAGCUCGCCAGCAAGACCUUUAAGGGACUGGAGGUCAGCGUCCUGCAGGCAGCCGAAGGCCGCGAUGGGAUGACUAUCUUUGGGCAGCGGCAGACCCCUAAGAAGCGGCGAAAGUCCCGCACGGCCUUCACGAAUCACCAGAUCUACGAAUUGGAAAAACGCUUCCUUUACCAGAAGUACUUGUCCCCAGCAGAUCGCGACCAAAUCGCGCAGCAGCUGGGCCUCACCAACGCACAGGUCAUCACCUGGUUCCAGAAUCGGCGUGCCAAGCUCAAACGGGACCUAGAGGAGAUGAAGGCCGACGUGGAGUCCGCCAAGAAACUGGGCCCCAGCGGGCAGAUGGACAUCGUAGCACUAGCGGAACUGGAGCAGAACUCGGAGGCCGCAGGCGGUGGCGGCGGUGGCUGCGGCCGGGCCAAAUCGAGGCCGGGUUCUCCGGCUCUCCCCACAGGCGCACCGCAGGUCCCCGGCGCCGGGCCCUUGCAGCUCUCUCCUGCCUCUCCGCUAACGGACCAGCGGGCCAGCAGCCAGGACUGUUCGGAGGACGAGGAGGACGAAGAGAUCGAUGUGGACGAUUGAGUGGCGCUCUGGAUCUUGCACCACCCCGGGCUCCUAAGGCCCGCGUGCCCGCCGCCUCCCAGACCCGACCGGACCGCCGAGGGGAGCUGGGACCU